AUGUUUUCCAGAGGGUCAAGAUUUCCUCCCGCUAAAGGUUCCGACGUACCCGGUCCCGGAGCGUACAAUCCGCAAGAUCCCGAAUACGACACGUACAAGAGAGGGGCAUUCCUGGAGAAGACGAACCGUUUCAACAAGGACAAGCCCGACGACAUACCAGGUCCUGGCGCGUACGAGACGGACAUGGCGAAUGCUCAGAACAGACCUCCGACGCGGACUGCAAACCCCACUACAACGGACAGGCUAGCGGUCCUUCAACGUAAGCUAGAAGACCUGGAGAGAGUGCACCAGGAAGAGAAGAAGUCUCACUACCUCGAGCAGGAACGCCUCAAACUUGAGCUCAGCCGCGCACAGCGAACCGCAGCCGAACAGACAGAGCGCGCAGACAAACUCAAGAAACAGAACGAUACCCUCGACGCGCGCGUUCAAGAGCUGAAGAAGGCGAACGCCAACGACACAACGGAAUUGCGCGACCUCCGCGUCAAGCUCCGCGCGAGCGAACACGAGCGCACGCAACUCGCGGCGAAGCAGGGGGAUGCGGCGGAGGCGCGCAAAGCGGAAGCGAAGAGGAAGGACGAGCUGAAGGAGCGCGAACGCAAGAUCGCUGAGCUGGAGAAGGCGCUGACGACGGAGAAGAAGAAGCGGGAGGCGAUAGAGGCACGGUUGGCGGAGGCGAAGGCAAAGGCGGAUGAGCGAGUGCAGGAGGCACGAGCUGCGGCCGAGGACACCACACGUCAGCUACGGGAGGCGCAAAAGGAGGCGCAAACGGCGCGCGAUGCGCUACUACAGGUCGAGUCACACGCGGAGGAUGCGGAGGAGGAACUCGUCGCUCAGCUUGAGCAACACCGGUACGCUCUAUCUCGCGUCGCGCAGGAGUAUGGCAAGCUCGCGUCCACCACCAUUGCGCUCUCGACACACCGGCGUGCCAAGCAGGAAGUUGUGCUGCUCGAGCUGCGGAAUAACAAGCUGGAGCGCAAGCUCGCGAACAGCGAUGGCCAAGUCAUCGAGCUCGCGAAUUUGAUUCGGCAAGUCAAGGAGGAGAACUCCUUCCUAACUUCCCAGCUCCAGGAGACCCAUGACGAACUCACCACCUACCGCCGGGCUCUUCGGGAUGCGUAUAGCAUGGCCACUGUAGUUUCCAACGGACUGUGCGAGCUCGAGGACAGUGCCUGGGCUGUUGCUGAAGAUCGAUACGUGUCUACCCUCAGUGCUCUCGACGCAGCGCGCGGGGACUUCGAGUUAUGGAGCUCUCUCGACCGUGAACGCACGAACGCAUUGUUGUUCCACGCGUCCGUUCUCAACCAGGAAUCAGAUGCCACUCGUGCGGAACUCGACCAGCGUGCGAAGCAGCUUGCAGAAGCUGAGGCCAUCCGCGCACAGCUAGCUGAGUCUCUCCAGCAAACACAGGCCGAACAUGCCGAUGCCCAGCGCAUGCUCGCCGACUCCGCCGCGUCCCUCGCCGAGUCAAACGCUCGCGUAGAGUCGUACAAAAAGCAGUUAGAGACUAUCAAGGCGGAGGCGCAGGCCGACGUUGCUCGGGCCGAGCAAGGCUUACAGCAGGAGAAGCAGGCGAGCCAGCGGUUGGCUGCGUCGCUCCACCAGGCGAAGCAGGCCGAACAGUUCCUGCGCUCCGAAGUCGAACAAUUGAGCUCUGACCUCGCUGAAGCCGAGAGAUAUCAGGAAGCGUACAACAACAUGCUCGCAGAAGUCGACCAGCUCGUUGUGAAGAACGCCCUAGCGGAGGAAGAAGCGCAACGCCUUAGCAAGUUCAACGCAGAAAUUAUAGGACAUAAUAAUCCUGCUCAGCGCAUCAUGUACGUCGACCGCAUUCGGCGCGAGUUGCACGAGAUGAAACAUAAAUUGCUGCUAUCAACACGCGACCGAGAUGCCGCCUACGCGGACAACGAUGACCUCCGCGCUGAGCUGGAGCUGUACAAGUCUGUCGCCGUACCCCAAGAGGUCAAGCCUCGCACGUACAUCACGAGGGUCACUCGGCCAGUCGCAGCGACUUUGGAGCCUGACACCGCGUCGUCUAUGUCUACUUCACGGGGUUCAGACCAGACACAAAGGUCAUCUGCGACACGAUCGUCAACAUCUGCCUCGAGGCUGCCCAGUCUACCUGAGCUGCCAGCGAGCGGCGACAUGACUUUGGACGAGAUUAUGUGA